AUGGGCGCUUCUUCUAAGGGUCCCUUCAGUGGACACCGUAAACAACCUUCGUCUUUUAAUCUUAAUGAACAUUUCGAUGCUUUUUUUAUUGUUAAACGUGUUUCGGAACAGAAGGAAACUUUUGAAACUGUUUUUCUUUUCCUUGUCCAGAAGGUCAUGCAAGCAACAGUCGGUGAAGUUUCAUGUAUUCGAAAGAUGAGAUCUGGCGACUUGCUGGUAGAGGUCUCAUCUCGAAAGCAAGAGCAGCAGAUACUAAAACUGAAAUAUUUGGCUACAAUAGCAGUUACAGUAACACCUCACCAAUCACUGAAUAGCUCGAAAGGUGUAAUAACCUGCGGUGAAUUGUUAGAUGUUCCCGUAGACGUAAUAACUGCCGAAAUGAAAUCUCAAGGAGUUAUACACGUACGCCGCAUAACUAUUCGGCAGGACGGACAACUCAUUGAUACGAAGCACCAUAUCCUUACAUUUCAGACGCCAACAAUACCCGAAUCAGUUUACGCCGGUUAUAUAAAGUUGCCUGUGAAAACAUACAUCCCUAAUCCAUUGAGGUGUUAUCAGUGCCAGGGCUUUGGACACGCAAAAUUAAAUUGUCGCAGGUCUCACACUUGUGGCCGCUGUGCUCAAAGAGGGCAUGAGAUCCAACAGUGUUCUGCUAAAGAAAAGUGCAUAAAUUGCAGCGGCGAUCAUUCUUCAUACUCUCGAUCCUGCCCAUGCUGGAUGCUUGAAAAACAAAUUAUAUCUAUUAAAGUAAAAGAAAAUAUAUCUUACCCUGAAGCCAGACGUCGGGUCCAGGCUCAAACACCCAUUCCUGGUGUCAGCUAUGCAUUAGUUAUUAAACAAACAUUUUUCAAAAACUGUAUUUGUUACAGUUGUGUUAAAUAUUCCAAAACCCAUAACGCUUCUCCUAAAGCAUCUGAUUCUGACUCCACUCAUUCCACUUAUUUUGCAACUGAGACUCGUAAAGCCGUAAAACGAAAAUCAAAGACGAAAUCGCAAACUUCUCUGACUUUAAACCUUGCUAAACGUGGUCUUACACAUAAAGAUCUGCUUUAA